UUGAUCAAAUGUCUGCCAUUUCUCAUUGUUUACGAUGAAAUAGGCAUUCAGUAAUUAUUUGUCAGAUAAGAUAAGCAGUAUUGAAUACAGACACCUAAUAGUACCUACCUACUUAAACCUCAAUAUAUUGGGUACAACGUACAAACUCAUUUGCUUAUCAGCCUCCAUGCAUAGAGGUGUGUAGUAAGUAGUUACAGCAGUUGAUUUGUUUUACUGGAAAACUUCUUAGGAAAAUUUUAUUACAUCUUUUCUCUUACAAUUGAAAAAUGUGCAUCCUAUUCAUAUACAAAUGUAGUGAGGACCCGGAGAGUGACUAUAGCCUGAUUAUAGCUACAAAUCGAGACGAGUUUUACGAAAGACCAGCUCAGAACAUGGGCCCUUGGGAAGGGGAGGCUAAUGUUUUUGCAGGGAAGGAUGUGAGGGGAGGUGGCACAUGGCUAGCAAUAUCCUCGGCUAACAAGAAAAUUGGAGUGAUGCUGAAUCACCCUGUAGCUCCCGUGAAGAAUGGUCAAAGUCGAGGGAAAAUUCCAAUCGACUAUGUUAAAAGCGAGCUGUCAGCUAGCAAAUUUGUGGAUUCAAUGAAGGAUUAUUUUCAGGAGUGCAGUGGUUUCAUUUUUGUCACACUGGAUAUUGGGAAAGAAGACACAACCGUACACUCAUACACUAGUCACACCGAAGACCUAAUUCAAUACAACGAGAAAUGUCUAGGAUUCGGAAACAGCGCGCCGGCAACGCCCUUCACGAAGGUGGAAGCGGGUAGGAAGAGAAUGCAAGACAUAUGUGGGAGAUUGAACAAGGCGACAGAGAAGGAACAACUUGUCAAUGAGCUCUUUGACUUUCUGAAGUGGGAUGAGAAGCACUUGCCAGACCCGGUGUUAGAAAGACAGCAUCCUCAAAACUAUGAAGAUUUAAGCUCCGUGUAUGUUAGCAAAGCAAAUAUAUAUGGUACAAGAACACACACUUUAGUUCUGCUAACUAAAGAUGGCAAGAUGGAUAUAAUAGAGAUGUCAUUACAACCACCAAUAGACAUGGCAAACCCACAGUGGAAAGUUACAGAGUUGCAAUGUAAAUUAUGAUACAACCUAUGUUAAUUAUGCUGUAAAUUAAUAGAAGUGGCAUUUUCUAUGUAUUAAAAAAUAUAAAAGUAUGAGAUUACUAAGGGAUCAAAUAUAAAAAACAUGGUGUGGUAGGAAUAAAAGUUCAGAAGCGAAACCAAAUUGCACUUUUAAAUAUCUAUAAUAAAUUAAAAUAUUUUUGUUUCUUAAACCCCUAUAACUAUGAUGAACAAAAUAAAAACAAUAAGCCUAUAUCAUACUUUGUUUAUUGAUUUUUACUGAACAAGUCUAGUCUGAUUGAUAUCAAAAUAAAUGUUGUAACUAUGGUGUUGA